AUGAAUAUCUUGAGUGAAGUAGCCUGUGUGAUGCGAACAUUCAUACUUGAAGCACACGUUGUGCCGAGAGGGAGUGGUGCACAGGGUAAGUCGCAAAGUAAAAAGGCAGAGUGCGGCCCCGUUGCCGCCCUUCCAGGCCCCUCGCGGCCCCUUUGCGGCCCCGUCGCCGCCCUUCCAGGCCCCUCACAGCCCCUUCGCGGCCCCGUCGCCGCUCCUAUCGGCCCCGUCGGCGCCGCCAGCGGCCCCGUCGCUGCCGCGAGCGGCCCCGUCGCCGACCCUAGCGGCCCCGUCGCCGCCCCUAUCGGCCCCGUCGCCGCCGCGAAUGGCCCCGUAGUCGCCGCCAGCCGCCCCGUCGCCGCCUCCAUCGGCCCCGUCGCCGCUGCCAGCGGCCCCGUCGCCGCCGCCAGCGGCCCCGUCGCCGACCCUAGCGGCCCCGUCGCUGCUCCUAUCGGCUCCGUCGCCGCCGCCAGCGGCCCCGUCGUCGCCGCCUGCGGCCUCGUCGCCGCCUCCAUCGGCCCCGUCGGCGCCGCCAGCGGCCCCGUCGCCGCUGCCAGCGGCCCCGACGCCGACCCUAGUGGCCCCGUCGCCGCUCCUAUCGGCCCCGUCGGCGCCGCCAACGGCCCCGUUGCCGCCGCUAGCGGCCCCGUCGCCGACCCUAGCGGCCCCGUCGCCGCUCCUAUCGGCCCUGUUGGCGCCGCCAGCGGCCCCGUCGCCGACCCUAGCGGCCCGGUCGCCGCUCCUAUCGGCCCCGUCGGCGCCGCCAGCGGCCCCGGCGCCGCCGCCAGCGGCACCGUCGCCGACCCUAGCGGCCCCGUCGCUGCUCCUAUCGGCCCCGUCGCCGCCUCCACCGGCCCCGUCGCCGCUACUUGCGGCCCCGAUCCCGCCCCGGCCAUGCCCCGUCGCGAGCCGCGGGGCACCGGGGGCACGUGCACCGCCCCCCUCCCUUUUCCCGUCGCCCGUCGCGGCUCCUUUGGGGACCGCACGUGGCCACCCUCAGGUCGCCUCAACACGCGACAGGAGGGGCAAGCAUUGCCCCUUCUGCCGCCUGUUUUGGCGGCCUGGGAGACCGCGCGUCGCCCCCCCCCCCCCCCCUAA